AUGAACUUUGGAACGAAUGUCAUCUGGCGUUACGCUCCGAAAAGACGUCGUUAUUCCAUUUGUGACGGAAUCAAUUUAGACGAAGGAUUUGUGAUGGUUAACAGACCUGAAAAGCAUUUGAGCGUAUUGAAAAAUAGUUAUUAUAAACCAUUUUGUUAUAACGAAGGACCAGUUUUAUCAUCUUUCAAGAGAUUUGGUGUGAAUGCUUUACCGCAAAUGGAACAACAAUGGAAUCAAUACAGGGAAAGUACAUAUGGUGAUUUUAAAUAUAGUAUUUAUCCAAUCAUUUAUUCCCUAACAGUUUCAACGGUAAUGGCUAUUUUCCUCACUAUUAUUGUCUUUACAAAUCAUACACAGAAACCGUCAUGGUUAUUAAGAGUUGGUAGCUUGUUAGCCUCGAUAAAUUUGGUGAUUUUAAUUGUUCGUGCAAUUAUAUUUCUAAGUCGACAACAUGCCUUGGGUGUUAGUGAUGGUGCUAAAUUAUUAGAUGAUCUUCAAAGUGAUGAAGUUUUCAAUAUUAUUGAUUUUAUCUUUGUAUUAAUUGCACAAUUUGCUCAAGUACAAAUUAUAAUAAGACUUUUCUCAAGAGUUAAAGAGAAAAGAGUUAGUUUUAUAUUGGGUGGUUUAUUAUCAAUUUGUGCUCAAGUUAUUUGGGGUGUAUCAACUUUUUCAAAUUUUGAUCAAACUGAAGAUUCAGAUAUUUCAAUAUUACCAGCAUUUACUUAUUUAUUAAGAAUUGCAUUAGCAACAAUGUAUUCAGGUUUAAUUAUAAUUUAUAUGUUGGGGAAAAGAAAUUUUAUAUUCCAAAAAAGUAUUAUAUUAUUAACAAUUUUAACUUUUUUAGUUAUAAAUUUACAAAUUGCAUUUUUUAUAACUGAUAUAUCAAAUAUUUGGGUUUCUGAAUUAUCUGAAAUUUUCAAUACAACAAUUUAUGUUAGUGUUACAGUGAUACCAUGGGAAUGGAUUAAUAGAGUUCAUGCAUUGGAGAGACAUCAACAAAGAGAAGGUGUAUUGGGGAGACCUGUUUAUGAAGAUGAAUAUAGAGAUAUUGCUAAAUAUGAAAUCUUGGAUGAGAAUGUUCAAAAUAAUUUAAUUAAUGAUACAAAUGAUAAUGAUAAUAAUGAUAAUAAUAAUAAUGAUAAUGAUGGAAAUGAUGAUGGUAAUCAAAAUGAUACAAAUGGGAAUGGCAAUAGUAAUAGAAAUACACCAAGAGGUCAUGAUGAACAAGGAAACAAGACUAAAUUCACAAGUAAAAUUAAAGAUACAUUCAGUAACACUACAAAUACAUUAAUGUAUUUCACUGAUCAAGUCAUUGCAUAUGGUUUAGCUGUUCCUAGAUCUGUGAGUGUGAGUAGUACUGCAAGAGAGAAUGAACAACGUCAAAAACGGGCAAACAAUGCAAAUCGUAAAGAGGUUUAUAUCUAUUCCAAAAAGGAAGUUGUUAUAGAUAGUGAGGAUGAAUCACCAGUGACUUCUUCUUCUUCAAACCACCAAGGAUCAGAACAUUUACUACGAGGGAACAAUGCUGUGUAA